AUGUCGACCGCGGCUCGUCGAGCACCCUUGACCGAGUCCAAGGCUGCCAACACGUCUAGCAACCGAUCCAUCUCGUCCAGCUUCCGCGGGUCCAAAGCGUCCCUCGUCCAGGCCACAUCCGACACCAUGAAGUCAAAGCCAUCGUCUCGGACUUCCAGCGGGCCGGCAGCUCGGUCAGCAUCCGGCCGACACCCGUCUCGCGGUCGACCAAAACGUGUCGCCGAAGACAGCGAGGAAGACGACGACAGCGAUGGUGAGGUCGACACGGAGCAGAGUGACCAAGACUUUGACGACUCGCGCGACAUGCGCUCGGCCAAGCAGAGAGCGGCGGCGGCCACAGCCGCCAAAGCCAGACAGCCUGGCAAGAAGCAGGCACCUUCCCACCAAACAAACGCCGCCCCAGCACCGCCGCCGGCCGCAAGGUCCGCCCAGGUAGCGCAUCGAGUCGCCGCGCUGGCCAGGUCUCACGCCGUCGCAAACGCGGCCGACGGCUCCCUCAUCAUGGCGUCACGGAGCGCCAGGGUUGGAGGGGCAGCUGGCGUGGAUGCUCCCGCAGCCAUCAGCGUCGACACCACCAGCUUCGAAGAGUGGAUGAAGAUGGCCACGGACAACAAAAUAAACUCGACAAACACGUGGUCCUUUGCGCUGAUCGACUACUUUCACGAUAUGUCGCUGCUGCGAAACGAGAGCGGCGACGGCUCCAUCAAUUUCCAGAAGGCCUCGUGCACCCUCGAUGGCUGCGUCAAGGUGUGGACCAGCCGAGUCGACUCCGUCGUCGUCGAGACCGGAAAGCUCCUCAGCGGCCUCCAGGACGAGAUCAACGGCGAAAAUGCCAAGGAGAAGCGCGGACGUGGAGGCGAGGACGGCGCCGACCUCGACGACGACGAGGAAGACUUUGACGAGGACGGCGAGGCCGGAGGCGCGACCAGAGGCCGGAAGCGGACGCGCAACAAGGAGGCCACACUGGCCAAGAACUUCAGCCAGAUCCAGGCCAAGAAGUUCGACCUCGAGUUCACCGUCGACCCGCUCUUCAAGAAGACGAGCGCCGACUUUGACGAGGGCGGAGCGGGCGGCCUGUUGAUGAACCAUCUCGGCGUCGAUUCCAACGGCCGGGUCGUCUUCGACGCCUCUGACGUCGCCGGGGUCGGCGACGAGGGCGAUGCCGACGACGAUCCCACGGCGGCAGCCGAGACCAAUGUCAAGGCCGCCGACGACGAGGUCGACCUGAUGGACCUCAGCAAGCUCCGCGCUAAGCUCUUCGAGGGCGAGGCCGCGUACGGCUCCGACGGUACCAUCGCCUCCCUGAUCGGCGGCCGCGUCAUCUGCCCCUCGCUGUGCAACUUCAGCUUCUCCGAGAGCGACAACACGCCGUUUGGGGUCGGGCUCGACGACGUCGAGGAUCCGGGUGUCGGUCUUGCGAUGCAGACGGACGAUGCCGGCAUGGCACAGACCAUGACGCCCUUCGACGACUUCCAGGACGACAACAACGUCAUGCUGCACGGCGACGGUGACGGAGCCGACUUCUUCUCUGGGGCGGGUCGGAGUACCGGUCCUUCGAUGGGUGUCGAGGACGACGAUGGCCUGCUCGGGGCCGGGGACGACGACGACGACGGCGGCAUCGACUUUUUCGACGCGCCGGAGGCCGACGAGGGCAUGGCGGCCGCCGUCGACGAUGCCGUCGGCCAAGGCGCCGGCUACGGGCCCUUUGACCAUGCCGCCGGACCGAGCCAGGGAGACCUGGUCAUGGCGAUGGCCUUCAACGGCGGCGAGGGGAGGGACAACGACGACGAGGCCGGCGCCGACGCUGGCCUCUUUGACUACUUCGACCGGCGGCUGAUGCGCAACUGGGCCGGUCCGGAGCACUGGAAGAUGUCGCGCGUGGGCGCAGGUCCCCUCGGCCUGGGCGGCAUCAACGGCAAGAAGGGCGACGAAGGCGGAGGAAAGGCCGCGUCGGGUGCCACGACGACGCGCAAGUCCAAGGAGCCGUUCGUGAUCGAUUUCCUGUCCGACGAGGGCGCCGUGGACGCCAAGGAGAUCUUCGAGCCGGCCAAGCAGCCGGGCAGCAUCCAGCUCCCUGCGACGACCCGGUCCAAGGUCUCGCUGAGCAACUCGAACAGCGAUGCUUACCUCCUGCCCGAGGACCGGCACUUCAACUCCCGGCAGCUCCUCAAGCUCUUCCUCAAGCCCAGGGUCGCCAUCAACAUGCGGCGGAGGGGCGGCUCGUCGAGGCUCAACACGGGCGGCAUCGACGAGCAGUUUUGGGCUCAGGCCGCUGCCGCCCACGGCGGCGAUGUUCUCGGCGGCGACGACGACGACAGCGGCGCGGCGAUGCCGUUCGACACGCAGUUCUUCCACGACAAUGACGAGGGCUUCGACCCGAUCUCGGACCUCGCCGGGGGCGAGCACGGGUCGCCGAGUGCAGCCGCCAACGGCGGAGCGGAUCUCGAGGACGAGGAGAUCCAGUCUCUGGCCGCGCUCAACCGCAUCAAGCCAGAGUAUGUCAACUAUGCCAAGAAGGCGAAGCGGGUCGAUGUCAAGAAGCUCAAGGAGAAUAUCUGGAAGGAGCUGGGCAUCAUUACUGAGGUCGACGGCGACACCUCCACGGCCGCACCGGCCGACACGGACGACAACCCUGGAGAUGACUUGACGGCGACGACAAAGCCGGCCGCCGAGUACAAGACGUUCGACACGGUGCUGACGGGGCUCAAGAAGGCCUAUCCCAGGGACAAGAUGGAGGAGAUCUCGACGUCGUUCUGCUUCAUCUGCCUGCUGCACCUGGCCAACGAGGAGGGUCUGCAGAUUUCGACGGGCAGCGACGACCAGCCACGGCCCAAACGACGCGGCAGUGCCGGCCGCAGCCGCAAGAGCACGACACCGUCACCGUUCGGCGAUGUGGACGACGGCGCCGGCGAGGCGGAACGCACCGACGCCGACGGCAUGGCGAGCAUGUUUGAGCAGCUGGCCAAGGGCGCCGGCGGUGCGAGGAUCAUCAGCUCGACCGAGGACGACGACGAUCUGGGUGGCGAGGGAUGGGACGAGGACGAUGAGGAGGACCAGGAGGACCGUAUCAAGGUCGGCAAGCUCGAGAGCCUGAGGAUUGUCAAGGAUCCCAAAGCUUUCCGCAGCGCAUGA